UGCUACUCCAGGGCCGGUGACCGUGCCCGCCCACGCGGAGGGCUGGUGCCGGCUUGUCGGGGUGGCAAGAUGUGGGCUCUAUGGAAAAUUGGGGCCCGCCCGUAUAGGCCCAGGGGUGGGUGGGGCCGCCUCAAAUUUGUUUUUUCUUCUGCUUAGGGACACCCCACCUGUCACUGAAGGGAAACGGAGGCCUCUUCUGGCCGCCCCCGGUGUCAGGGGCUCAGAAAUCCGAGACCAGAAGGAGAUGCGCUGAGCCUGGCUGUCCCCCCUAAAGGGCCUCUCGGAAGGCACCGCCAGGAAUGCCUAGACUCCCAUUGGAGCCUCUGGAAGGGGAAAGGAGGUUGGCUGUGGCUCUGGCGUUUGGCUCUAGCUAAGAAAAUGAGGCAGAAGGAAGUAUUGGCCAAGACCUUCCAAGGCCCCGCUGUUGUCUGUAGGACUCCAAAUAGCCACGUUUACAUGUUCAAGAAUGGCAGUGGGGACUCCGGGGACUCCUCCGAGGAAGAGUCACAACACGUGGUGUUACGACCCCGGGGCAAGGAGCGCCCGAAGAACAGCGUCCAACACCCUCAGCAUCCCGGAGCGGGCAGCGUGGUUUUGCUGCAGCGGGAGCUGGCCCAGGAGGACAGCCUCAACAAGCUGGCACUCCAGUAUGGCUGCAAAGUUGCAGAGAUCAAGAAAGUGAACAACUUCAUCCGAGAACAAGACCUGUAUGCAUUGAAGUCGAUCAAGAUUCCGGUGAGAAAACAUGGGAUCCUCACAGAGACUCACCAAGAACUGACCCCUCUGGGGGGCCCAUCCUCUGAGACCAGAGUGACCCUGGUGGGACUGCCUGAGGAUGAAGCUGCCUCUGCGGCGACUGCUCAGGGUAACCAACUGACAGAUUUCUUUAAGGGAAUUGAUGAGAACAUUGAGCGGGUUGUGCAGUCUGACGUCUUCCACAGUGACAGCUGCUGUGUGGAGGCCAUAGAUGAGCCACUGCUCCCCACAACCCAGAAGCCACCAGCCGAUGGCGCAGACUGUGGGAUUCAGUGGUGGAACGCUGUCUUCCUCAUGCUUCUCAUUGGGAUUGUGUUGCCGGUGUUUUAUCUUGUCUACUUUAAAAUCCAAGCCACUGGGGAAGCCUCAAGUAGCUUGAAUGCAACUGUUGUCCCCAAUGGGUCGAUGACACUAAGUCCAGUUCCAGGCCAAGCCCCCAAUUUGGCAAUUCCAGUGCCCACCCUCCCCGCUUCAGACAGCCAGGUCAGCCCAACCACCCAGGCAGGGGCCUAAGCUCAUUUAGUCUAUAAUUUGCAAUGCUUUGGCAAUCGGCUCCUGAUGCAUGUAGCUGUCACUGGCUGUUUGCUGGGAGUGUUGCAGUUUGCUUCCUGGGAUUGUAUGGACAUUAAAGAAGUUGUCAUGUCAAUCUGGAUUGUAUGGACUGAGGAAUGGCCUGGCCUAACACAAGGAUUCAGGAGCCCAGACAUCACCAUUGCAGCAAGAGAGACAUUUGCAUGAAAUUAGUGGCUGUUUCUUGAAGACACGUAGGGACUGGUUGUGAGGUCCUGUGCAGCCAACCUGUGUGGGCUCCUAAGUAGAGCAUGACAAGGGAUCUACAGUAUUGGUGCUCCACUGUUAGAUGGGGUCAAACGACUGUCACAAUGUCCCUGCCUGCCAAGGGUGGGGGUGGGCUCAGAGACAUGUCUGUGUCUGGGUAGACCAAGGUGCUAUGCAGUAUGCCAUCGAGUUUUAGAGCAACGAAUUGCAGUUGGGACAGCCUGCCAUGCUUGCCUCUUCACUUGGCCCCAUUGAGGGGUGCCUCUUCGGAAGUGAGGAAGCCUCAGAUCUAAAGUGCCACCCUUUGAGCUAAGCUGCCAUGUGCUCCCUCCCACUGUUGGAGCUUUAUGGUCUCACAGAUGGGCAUACCUUAAGCCACACACAGGGCCACCUCUCACAUUCACACUGGGAGCAACUCUGGCGAUGGCUCCCUGGAUUCUCCCAGUUGGCAUCUUAGGAGCUGCUGUUAUUGGCACGUAGUUUGAAGGGACUACAUCCGACAAUGAGGUUCUAACACACGCGCCUCUGAGGCCAAUCCACUGUCCGACCUGUGUCGCCAAGAACCGUAGGCCUCCACUUCACCCCACCCCCACCUUGUCCAUGUGUGCCCGAAGCUGAAUAUUCUUCCUGCUGCACCCAUGACUAUUUUGGGGGUAAUGUUCUUGACUUCCAGAGUCUGUGUCUCAGUGUCAAAACCAGACGUGGUGCUGGUCAGCUUUCUGUCACUGUACAAAAUCAUCUUAAGUAGGAAAGGUUCAUCUUGGCUGAAGGUCUCAACCCAUGGCCCGAUUUGGGGGUGCCUAUGGUAAGGACACACAUCAUGGAGGAGUGUGGUGGAACAAGCUGCUCAUAUGGCCAGAAAGAGAGGGAGAGACAAGGAGCUUGGGUCCCAGUAUCACCUUCAAGGCCAUGCCUGCAGUGACCCAGCUUCCUCCCCGCAAGACCCCACUUCUUAACAUUUCCACUCCUUCUCGAUGCCAAGGUGAGGACCAAGCUUUGGGGGACAGCCAAACCCCAACAGGGCGACUCUGACUGUGAAAGGCCAUAAGAGGCAGCACCAGACACCAGAGGGUGCAAGCCGCCCGAGGUUUCCUGAGGCACUCCCUGGAGGUGGUGGCCAUCAGUGUGCUGUAAGGGGGUGGAGAAAGGGGGAAGUCAGCUCACCUUGUCACAGCGGAAAGUGACUGAGGCGCUGGGGUCUCAGCUUCAGGGUGAACGGAGGCAAGCAGGUUGCUCCAGUGAUGAACAUGGCGGAUGCUCAGACCACUUGACGCUUAGGUCUAGAAGCCCAGCCAGAGGAGCAGAGUCCUUGAGCCAGCUUUUCAAUCAGGAAAACAGUCUGCCCAGAGUGCAGAUAGCAAAUUUAAAUAACCUUCAGAACUACAUAAACCCAUGGAUCUUGAUACAAUAAUAUUGAUCAUGUUAGGUGAUUUCUGUCUGGAUGCUCAUGGUCAUUGUGGCUGCGAAGUUUCUCUUAAAUGUUGUCACCAGUAACUUUAACAGACAGGGCUCAGAGUCCCAUGGGAGAACCACUUGCCAGACAAAGAAUGUCUAUUUUUUUUCCUGUAUUCUGUCUCAAGUGUUGGGGACCACCUGUGGCGCCUGUGCACAGUCCUGUGUAGGCUCCUAAGUAGAACAUGACCAGGGAUCUGCAGUGUCAGUGGCCUUGGGGUUGGGUGGCAUCAGAUGACUGUCACAGUGACCCUGCCUGCUAGGAGCGGGGGUGGGCUUGACUCAGAGCUGUGUUCUGUCUCUGGGUAGACCAAGGUGCUACACAAUAGUAUCAGUAUAUCACUGAGUUUUCGACAAGUUACAGUUGUAACUUGUAUUUUCUGUAUUUUUCUCAAGUGGAAUAAAAUAUUUCUUCUGUGAAGGAA